UUGACCACGGUUUAGUGCGACUCAUCACGGUUUACCGCGAACAUGGACACAAAACCGCAAAAAUUAAUCCCUUGGGAGAGGAUGCGGUGGAGGUGGUUCCUGAGAUCGAAGCCUUAACUGAGGUCCUUCAGGGUCAAGGCUUGUUCCAAACCAAAGGAAUGUUGAACAUUGGGAAAGAGGAAGCUACCCUGGAAGAAGUGCUAGCAUACCUGAACCACACUUACUGCGGCCACAUGUCUGUCGAGAUCAGUCACUUGGAGACCCUGGCGGAGAGGGACUGGUUUGCUCAGAGGUUUGAGCAGAUCAAGCAGGAAGCCUUGACCCCAGAAGAACGCAGGCAUUUGGCAAAGUUAAUGCUGGAAUCUCAGGAGUUCGACCACUUUUUGGCCACUAAAUUUUCCACGGUGAAGCGCUACAGUGGUGAGGGAGCGGAGAGCGUGAUGGGCUUCUUCCACGAGCUGUUCCGGACGCUGGCGUUCAGCGGUGUCACUGACGUGGUGUUGGGAAUGCCUCACCGAGGCCGGCUCAACCUGUUGACAGGGCUCCUUCAGUUCCCUCCUGAGUUGAUGUUUCGUAAAAUGCGGGGUCUUAGCGAGUUUCCAGAAACCUCUCCUGCCCUCGGAGAUGUCCUGUCUCAUCUGACGUCCUCUGUGGACUUGGACUUCGGCUCUGACCGGACACUACACGUCACCAUGCUGCCCAAUCCCUCCCACCUGGAGGCCAUCAACCCCGUGUCUGUGGGUAAAACUCGCGGCAGACAACAGUCUCGGCAAGAUGGGGACUAUUCACCGGAUGGUGCUUCGCGACCGGGAGACAGAGCCAUUUGUGUACAGAUCCAUGGCGAUGCUUCCUUCCCAGGACAGGGAAUUGUGGCCGAGACCUUCACUCUCGCUAACCUCCCCCAUUACAGAGUUGGCGGGAGCAUUCACCUCAUCGUCAAUAAUCAACUGGGCUACACGACUCCCGCUGAGAGGGGGAAGUCCUCCCUCUACAACAGUGAUAUUGGUAAGAUAGUCCACUGCGCCGUUAUUCAUGUGAAUGGAAACGAUGCGGAGGAAGUGGUGCGAGCCACCAGGCUGGCUGUCGAGUACCAGCGACGUUUCCGCAAGGACGUGAUUGUAGACCUGCUGUGCUACAGGCAGUGGGGCCACAAUGAACUGGACGAGCCUUUCUUCACCAAUCCCUCCAUGUACAAAAUCAUCAGAUCCCUUAAGAAUAUUCCUGACUUGUAUGCGGAGAGCUUGGUGGCGGAGGGCCUGUUGUCGGAGCAGGAUGUGUCUCAGACAAAAACCGCCUUGUACUCUAAACUCAGCGAGCACCUCGCAAACAUGGCCCUGUACUCCCCUCCUGCCCUGAACCUCCAGGCUCACUGGACCGGCCUGGUGGAGCCUUCAGCCCACAUCAGCGUGUGGGACACGGGGAUAUCCUCCGAUCUGCUCAAGUUUGUGGGAGCCCAAUCCGUGCUCGUUCCUGAGGAAUUGAGUGUCCACAGUCAACUGCUCAGGACACAUAUCCAGGCCAGGAUACAGAAGCUGGAAGAGGGCACUAGGCUGGACUGGUCCACGGCUGAAGUGUUGGCUAUUGGAUCACUCCUGUGUCAAGGUUUCAAUGUGAGGAUCAGUGGGCAGGAUGUUGGUCGUGGUACUUUUAGCCAAAGGCACGUGAUGGUCGUUUGCCAGGAGUCAAGUGACAUUCACAUCCCCCUCAACCACAUGAGUCCAGAACAGAGGGGAUUUCUGGAGGUUUGUAACAGUCCGUUGUCUGAAGAGGCGGUGCUGGGCUUCGAGUAUGGAAUGAGUAUCGAAAGCCCCAAGCUUCUUCCAAUAUGGGAAGCCCAAUUUGGGGACUUUUUCAACGGGGCCCAAAUCAUAUUCGAUACUUUCAUCUCUGGAGGUGAGGCAAAAUGGAUGUUGCAGAGCGGGAUAGUUAUUCUGCUGCCCCAUGGCUAUGACGGAGCAGGUCCAGAACAUUCGUCCUGUCGUGUAGAACGUUUCUUGCAGAUGUGUGACAGUAAGCAGGAAGGCAUCGAUGGAGAUAAUGUAAAUAUGUCCGUUGUGCAUCCGACCACACCAGCACAGUACUUCCACCUAAUCCGCAGACAGAUGAUUAGAAACUUUCGCAAGCCCCUGAUUGUGGCGUCUCCUAAAAUGUUGCUUCGGUUCCCAGCUGCAGUCUCGGGUCUGGAUGAGAUGGCACCUGGAACCACUUUUAAACCCGUUAUUGGUGAUUUGUCCGUGGAUCCUAACAAUGUGUCUCGGGUGGUGUUCUGUUCCGGGAAACACUAUUACCCACUGGUUAAACACAGAGAGGCUGCAGCAGAGACUGCAAACAACACAGCUAUCAUCAGGGUGGAAGAACUCUGCCCAUUCCCACUGGAGGCUCUACAGAAAGCCGAGAAAUAUAAAAACGUCAAAGAUUUUAUAUGGAGUCAGGAGGAGCCACAGAAUAUGGGGCCGUGGUUCUUUGUAGCUCCUCGAUUUGAGAAGCAAUUAGGAUGCCGGUUGAAGCUGGUGAGCAGACCCCCUCUCCCUGCCCCCGCAGUGGGCAUUGGAACCUUACAUCAGGAACAACAUCAGGACAUCCUCAGGAGAACAUUCUCCUAAAAGGGCUUUGAGAAAUCUUUCAAGUUGCUCUCCAACAGGUGGUGGGGAGUGGUGGGGGGGGGUCGAACUCCAACCUUUUGGCUGCUGAGGGCCGGAUUUCCUAUUUGAGAAACGUACACAGGCCCCCGUAAGCGAUAUUUUUGUGUUUCCCUUUCAGAAACAUAACAUUUAGAGGUUAUGGUGGGAGCGGGUGUGCCAGGUGAAAUGGAGGGAGGGGGCGGAUGAAAUCGGCCCCUGGGCUGGAUGCGGCCCGUGGGCCGCCAAUUGGACCACCCCUCAGGGCCUACAUGCGUCUGACAGGGGAAGACACAACACUUAUUGACUUUUUGUAGUUGAGACUUUAUGUAUUGUACACUACAGCUUUUCCCCAAAAAAUUCUUCCUUGGAAAGGGCUCAAAUUCUGGGUUGACUUUUCUCAUGACCUUUACCUCUCCUCCGAACACGGAAAGUACUGAAACUGGCAUUGGUUAAGAAUUAAAAAAGAUUUCUUUGUGAUUUA